GUGAUUACCUACCUAGACUGACACGCCAAAGGCCCUGGUCCCACUAUGAUCUAUUACUCCAACACCAGCCCAGCUCUUUCUCUUCCUUCCUCUAUUCUAUAUUACAACUGCAAUCACUUACAAAAACCUCCGAAACUUAUUCUCGACUUCGUAAAUACGGCAUCCUACGUAUUGUAGAAGAGGACUUGUCUCUCGUUUCACUUCCUGUCCCACCUACUACGUAUAUAAUGCAUGGUUAGAGUACCCGUAACAAUAUGUCACCCUCGACCGCGUCUUCACCUCUCGCCAUGGCACCCGCACCCGAAUCUCACGAAUCCCGAUUGUCCUUUAGCUCCCAGAGCAGUAACCCGGACUCCUCCGCCAUGUCUUUCGAAUCCUCUUUCAGAUUAGAGUCUGGUUAUCCUUCUCAUGACUCUAACUCUGAGAAACACCCCAAGGGCAAGCGGAAGAGAACCACAACCCAAGAUAAAGCCAUUCUCGAAGCCGCAUACAACGCCAACCCGAAGCCCGACAAGGCAGCGCGUCUCGAUAUAGUGAGUCGCGUCUCGCUUAACGAGAAGGAAGUUCAGAUUUGGUUUCAGAACCGCCGCCAAAAUGAUCGUCGAAAAUCGCGUCCACUUUCCCCGCAGGAAAUUGCAGCACUUCGAUAUGGCGGGGGCGUGCAAAUUCUAUCCUCCGAUUCUGCCCCCAUGCCAAUUGCCGCGUCUAGCUUAGCUGUACAGCCGGCGGACGCGCCAAUCGAUGAUGAGAAGGCUCCCGACGUAGAAAAGCUAUCUCCCAGCUCCCAGGACGCGACACCCCAGCACUCUAUCCAGUCUUCUCCGAAGUUUAGCGGUAUAGAUCCUCCGGCAGAGAUGAUCGCAAGACCGUCAUCUGUGGGAUCUGAGAAGGGCACGUCGCCCUCGUCCCAGAAAUCUGAUCUGGAGGGCUACUCAUUCUUCCGGACCUCGUCGGUGUCGACUGUAUAUUUGUCGAACCGACGAAGCUUCGACAAUUCUUUCUCUACUCCUCCCUCCUUUGGACGAGCAGCUGAAGAAUCUUAUAAUAAGCCCGAAUCGUUUUCAUCCUCCUUCAACUCGGCAAUUAGCAGCUCACCCGGCUCUGUUCUUCCACCACCUUCGUCGUCUUCUUCGCAGGUUCGCCUGUCCCUCUCCCUGGACGGAAAAGCCGAAGUGGUUUCUUCUCAACCGUCACCGCCGUGUCCUGCUCAGAUGCAACUUCCGGGUGACGUAGAUACGUUGCCUCCGGUUCGUGUGAGCAGGACUCUUCACAGAAGCCGGAGUGCUUUACCCGGCAUUACCCUCCCGCCCAUCUCAACUCUUACUGCUCACCUUCCCCCACAACUGACCCGAGGUCGAUCGCGAGAUGUUCACGCCUGGGAAUCUUGUUGCGAAGCUGAUACGCGGGAUGAGCUGACGAAACUAGCUGAGAACGAGUCUGCUGGAUCUGCUGUGGCGGCUAUCAGCCUCCUGCGCUCUAGCAGCAGUUCUGCUAGCCUCAGUAACUUGAUCCACAGCCAGAACAGCCCGAAUGUGCUUCAGUCGAACCCUAACAAGCGUAACGCGCCGCAGAAUAAGCCUUCCCAUCGAGAAGGUACUACCAAGAAGGCUAAACUUAGCCGUGCGAGUAGCAGCGUCGCUCGCAUGCAAACCUUACCAGCUGUGUCGCUCAUAGAUACCGCGGCAGCUGCGACAGCAGCAUUGGAUCCGGAGAAGAAGCCCUCGAAGGGAAGCCUAUCCGUUAUCCUGAGUCCGGGCGGAGACUCUGAUAAGGAGAACUGGAGCCCGGACGAAGAUGGCAAUCCUCACCCGAGCCGUCGACAACCCCUACCUUCUCCCAAGCCGCAUGCGCGAUCACCAAUUGGCAAGAAUCCGCGCCGUGUCGGGCGUAUUCUAGGCGAACAAGACGCUACGGCAAGGCGUUCGUUGCUCUUCGGAAGCCGGGCGAAUACGGCGCCGUUAUCGAAACCACGCGACGCAUUGUCCAUGUCGAUAUUCGAGGAUAAGGAGAAUAGCCCAAAGCAGGACGGUGAAGAGGCUGAGAAGCUCGUUCAGGGCGAGCUCAGCCCUAGCAAGCGUCCCGAUAUGGUCUGCGUUGCUGGACUUCUAUCGCUCAGUCAGGGAAACUGGCGAUGAAACGAUGCUAGCCAUCGUCCUUAUGGAGAGUUGAACUGGGCUGUAUCCUCGAAGGAGACCGGAGCUACUACGAGCCAUGUGGUUAGGUGGUUAACUAGCUUGUCUUCUCCCAGUCUGACUCCCGCGAAAGGCAUAUUGUCUUAUCGCGCGGAACUGAACGUUGGCGUUUCAGGGAGAAAAGGGGAACGGGUCUGGCUGAUUUGUUUGAACGGGACCGGAAAAGUGUUGUUAGGUCGCUGAGAUAUUCCCCGGCCUUACGAUUUGCCGUGGGUUGUUACGACGUCCAUCGUUUGUUUCUAUCCUUCGUCUGCGGGCGUACUAUGGGCUAGGUUAGCCACGUAUAGGGUAUUGGAUGGAGGGAGGUUUCCGUGGUGCUCGUUUACCGAGGAAUGAUAGGAGUUCGUGGGCUCGGCUUGGCUAUGUGUGUUGUUUGCGUCACGUUGGGAAGUGCGAUACGACAGGUACCUAGCCAUAGUAUAGGCAACCAACGAGACUAUGAUUCGCUCGGUAGCCCGUUUAUAGGUGUUGAGGUGGGUAUGGUGGGAAAGGAAAGGAGUAAGGGGGCUAAUAGUAUAUGAAACCAAACCAAACCAAACCAAUUCAAAUACACAAAAUGAUCCUGUUAAA